UUAGUGUUAACUAGGUAUUAAUUUAUAAUUGCCUACGCGACAACACGACUACCGGUGACAGGGACCACGUUAAUAUCCAGUUAUCCAUCACUCAUCAGUUAUCAUCUACCUGCUGCAGACCGACUAAAAUUCCGAUAUUCUAGAACGGUUUCCACACACACUUUUCCUCGCACCUUUUCGACUACCUAGCGUCCGAUAUGUCUAUAGCCGAAUUCUUAGAUGGCUUACCAUCCUAUGACAAACGCAAUUUUUCCAGAUUCAUUUCAAAAAGUUGUGAAAAGUUCCCAGUUUUUAUAACAACAAAAGAAAUAGUUCCUGAACAAAUUAUUAUGAAUAUCAAUUCAAUGUAUGCACCAGUUCCGUAUUUAAAUAUAGAAUGGGAUAGAAAGAAAAGGGUAUUGACUGAAACAAGUGAAGGAUCGGCUCAACAUCUAGAAAACAUCUUUGAGUAGAUAAUAUAGAUACUGUAAAACAUAUUGCGGUAAAAUAAUUCCAAUGCUAACACUUUUAAUGUUUUUUGACUUAAACUCCUGAUUUGACUGUUUUUUUUUUUUUUUAGAAAUACAAUUUGUUAAUUUAACGAUGUAUUUAUAAUCUUUAGACCAGUGGUUUUCAAACUUUUAUUAAACACGGCACACAGCACACUUCAAAUUUAUUCACAGCACAUCAACUUUUUAUAUGCACUAAAUAAUUACAUGACCAAAAUUGAUUUGAAUUAUAAUUGUACAUAUUUAAUUAGAAAUAUGUGCCUGAUGGGCUAACAACUUUUAAUUAAAUUUGUUUUUAUAAUUUUAUUCUUGGACUAGUAAUAAUAUUAUAAAAUAUUUUAUACCAAAAAUAUUGCUGUAUGCCCUUUACAAUAAUAUACUUAAUUAAUAGUUUUACAUUACAAUAGGCCACUAUUGUAAAAGUAUGUGUAAAACAUACAAUUUAUAGUGUUCAAUAUUUUUUUAUAAAACAAAAUAUUAUUAAUUUCCAAUUAUUUUGACAAGUCAUAUAAGUUUAUUAUAAUUAUAAUUUAUAAGCUCAAUAUCAAUUAAAUAUAUUAAGUUAAACUAAAUGAUUACAAUAUGUUUAUUUUGAUUAUAGUGUUAACAAUUAAUCAAUUAAUGAUUUGGGUAAAGUAAAUUGUACACAAUGCCUAUAUUUUAUACUUGUAUAUAUAUAUAUAAUUAUUAUUAAUUAUAAUCAUAUGCUAUUUAAAUAUAAAUAAACAGAGCAAUACAUACCAAAUGGCAUUGCAACGCUUUUAUUGUUGGUUCAGUAUAAACCGUCAGUAUGACGCUUCAUUCUUUGUACUCAUAUCAAUUGUCAGUAAUCAGUAUAGCAUGUUUAAUGUUAAAUAAAAUUCUAUGUAAACUAUACUAAUGUUUUUAUUUAUUUUUAAUAUCUUAUCCACAUUUGUUGUGUUAUAAACAUAAAUUAUUAAAAGAAAAAAUGGUUUUGAUCAUUUUUAAACAAUUACCCCGUAUAUAAUCUAGUGAUUUAUCUAGCUGUAACUAGACUUCUGAACUGAACCGUGAACCUUCAACG